UGGCAUCCAUGAGAUCGGUAGUCCCCAGGCUGUGGCAGAGCCGCCAUUUUCAGUGUGUGAUAGAGGGAGAGAGAGGAGCGGAGCCGGGACCGGCACCGGGGAGGAAAAGCUGCUGAGCUGGAGGAGGACAGUCGGCUCUGCUGUUUGCAUGUGACUCAGCCAGACUCUCCGAAGAUGAACGUUACCAAGGGUGGCCUAGUGCUCUUCUCUGCCAAUUCCAAUGCUUCCUGCAUGGAGCUGGCCAAGAGGAUUGCAGAGCGUUUGGGUAUUGAACUUGGCAAGGUCCUGGUGUACCAGGAGCCAAACAGAGAAACCCGCGUGCAGAUUCAGGAGUCGGUGCGAGGGAAGGAUGUGUUCAUCAUACAGACGGUUUCCAAAGAUGUGAACACCACAAUCAUGGAGCUAUUAAUCAUGGUGUAUGCCUGCCGGACGUCGUGCGCCAAGACGAUCAGCGGCGUCAUCCCUUACUUCCCCUACAGCAAGCAGUGCAAGAUGAGGAAGAGGGGCUCCAUUGUCUCGAAGUUGUUGGCCUCCAUGUUGUGUAAAGCUGGUUUAACGCAUUUUAUUACUAUGGAUCUGCAUCAAAAGGAAAUUCAGGGCUUUUUCAACAUUCCUGUGGACAAUCUCCGAGCAUCUCCCUUCCUCUUACAGUACAUCCAGGAAGAGAUUCCUGACUACAGAAAUGCAGUCAUAGUAGCCAAAUCUCCUUCAUCAGCAAAACGAGCCCAGUCUUUCGCCGAACGGUUACGGCUAGGGAUCGCGGUCAUUCACGGAGAAGCUCAGGACGCGGAAUCCGAUCAGGUGGACGGGCGACAUUCUCCGCCAGCCGUCAAGAACGUUGCCGCCAUUCACCCGUCGUUGGAAAUACCCUUGAUGUUCCCUAAAGAAAAGCCCCCUAUAACAGUUGUCGGUGAUGUCGGUGGAAGGAUAGCCAUUAUUGUGGAUGACAUCAUAGAUGAUGUAGACAGUUUUGUCGCUGCUGCCGAAACACUUAAAGAGCGAGGGGCCUACAAAAUCUUUGUGAUGGCCACACAUGGUCUCCUGUCCUCUGAUGCUCCGCGGUUAAUAGAAGAAUCUGCUAUAGACGAGGUCAUCGUCAGCAACACCAUCCCCCACGAGGUCCAGAAACUGCAGUGCCCCAAGAUCAAGACGGUGGACAUCAGCAUGAUCCUGGCCGAGGCCAUCCGGCGGAUCCACAACGGAGAAUCCAUGUCGUACCUUUUCAGAAAUAUAGGAGUGGAUGAUUAACCCCUCCUCUUUGUCUAUAUAAAUAUAGAUCUAUUUUUUAGGAAUAUACCAAGGGCCAAAACUGGAAGUGUACAGUGUUACCUGUGCCGUUACAAGAGCUUACCUUUAAUAUUUCAACCAAGCCGUGUUUUUCAGGCUGACCUGUCUACCUGUAGAUUCACCAGUCAAUCGAGAUUUAUUUUUAUUUUUGUUUUUGUUUUUUUUUGGCUUGUCUUAUUUUUUGCUACUCCCUUUUUUGUGAACACAAUGUCACUCAAAAUUACAUUUGUUCCAAGCACCAGAUGUGUCGUCAGCAGCGUUUCUAGUUGGGAGAGCUGGUUCAGAUUUGUAGCACAGAGUAGACCUGUGCUAGGGUGGAUUUGUGAUAAUACCUUGUACAGCCCGCCUAUGUCCAUUCAGUUCUCUGCUUGAAUUGUAGGGGGCAUCAGAGUGACUCCGGUCGCGGUGGAGGACCAGAGACCUAAGCACUGAUGGAUGGGUAAAGCUGGGCCAUUGCACAGUAGAAGCCAUCUCGGUGCAGAUUUCCUUCUCUGUGUAGCUGUCAGUAUCUCCUGGAUAACCAAGAAAAAGCAGCUGCAAAUCAUAAAUGCUCAACCUGUGGCUCUGCAGCUGUUGCAGAACUACAAGUCCCAUGAGGCAUUGCAAGUCUGACGGGUACAAGCAUGACUCCAAAAGGCAGAGGCAUGAUGGGACUUGUAGUUCUGCAACUGCUGGAGGGCCACUGGUCGAGCAUCCAUGAUUAAAGUAAAAGCCUACCAAAGCCUUUAUAAUCACUAGAUGGAGGGGUCAGGGGUUAGCACCUCUGUAGGCUUUAUUGCUUCUGUGUCCAUGUUGGGAGAUAUCAUAACAUCCUAUUCUGGUGUCACCUGGGAAAGGAAGUGAAAUGAACGCAGACAGGGUGGGAGGUAAAGAAUAAUUCCAGGCAUUGGUAUUUUAUACAUUGAUCCAGCUUGGAGUCCCGUAACUAUAUAUAUACCAAACCUGGCCGAUGCUCCUGGAAGCUGGAAACCACUAUAGUAGACGCUGCUGCUUUAGUGAUCUCCACUUACUUCCAGAUCCCAUGCUGAGCAGCUACAUUCUGCCCACUGAACACAGGAGGUCAGCCACUUGGCAUGAGCACCAUUCAGUUUUCUGAAUGAAUGCAAAGCGUUCUAUGAUUGGACAGGGUGGAGAGCAGGAUGCCACCAGCUUGCCUCUCCACCUCUUCCCUUCACAGCAUGCUUUGCAUUUAUUCUGAAAAUGCAAAGUAUUCUCUGAAAAGGGCAACAAGUGUAAAUGAGAUGCUGGAUUUUCAGCUUCUCAGUUGGUCAUUUGGAUUCAGACAGGGCACAGUGCCACUUAAGGAGGGGUGCCACUUAAGGAGGGGGACCCAAAGUUUGAACAUCCAUCUAUGAGAGAACCAAACCAAAGCUCUACGAGUCCGAAUCAUUUUAUUAUUGGUUCAUACAAAUGAAAGCAAACAGCCAAUGAAUUUCAGGAGCUCAAAGAUUUCCCCCUUCGUUGGACUGAAAUACCCGAUUUCAAACCCGCCCUCACGUGGGCUAAAACCUGGAAGCUGAUUGGUUGCUAUGCAGAGCUGCACCAGAUUUUGCACUCGCCGGUUUUAGUAAAUAAUCUCCUAUGCAUUUUUGACAUGUUGCAUUGCUUCUUUUCCCCCAAUUUUGUUUUGCAAUGCGAUUUCCAGUGCCACUUGCUUGACUUCAGUGCAACUUUACUCACAUAAGUCGUAUCGGCAUUAGAUAAGAAGCCUUCCUGCGAGACUUUGAUAUGUUUUUAUUUUAACCCUCACCUCUUAUCCCAGGUCACCCCCGCAGCCCCAGUUCAGACUAUAACCUGCAUGUGGACCGCACCGCAGGCUUGUGCAAUUCAAAUGCGAUUCAGUGCGGUGCGAUUUGAGUCCAUUCAGGUAGAGGCACUUUUUUAUUUGGAGCCGCACCGCCACUGCAUCGCAUAGAGGUUUUGUAUUCUGGGAUCCGGUGCGGGCGAACCGCACUGCAUUUGUGAUGUCGUUCACUUUGUAUUGACACCUGCAGCGGAUCACGAACACCGUGCGGUGUGGGAAACGCACAGGGAUCACUGUUUCCUGCGCCGCAUAUGGUUGAACCUAGGCCGGUGAUGGUGAACCUUGGCACCCCCGAUGUUUUAGAACUACAUUUCCCAUGAUGCUCAUG